CCCGAGCCUUCUCUGCUGGAACGAGUGUUUCCUCUGCCUGCGUGGACAGGAAACCGAGUUAUUUUUAGCCGGGACCCCUGAGGAGCAAUCACUUUCUCAGCCACGUUGCUGCCUGCAGUCGGGCGGUACUGAGAGGCUGCUCCGUUCGGAGGCGUCACCGUCACGACAGGGAGGUAAAGCCGAGCGCAGGGUGCAGGGUGCGGGGAGUCGGAUCUGAAGACAUGACGAGGCUGCUGGUUGUGCUGGUGUUCCUGGGAGCCAUCCCAAUUGCCUCCGGUCAAGAGGAAUACUUCACAUUGGAGCCUUUCGAGGAGGAGACCAUGCUCCCAGAUCUGGCCAUCGAGGAGGAAGUGGAGGAGGAGAUUCUGGGAACACCAGUGCAGAGACUUGCCUACUCCAUCUCUGAAUUCGGAUACGAUCUUUACCGGCUGGUGGCCAACUUGGAUCCCAGAGCCAACGUCUUCCUGUCUCCCCUGAGUGUAGCCUCGAGCCUGUCUGCACUGUCACUUGGUGACCUCUCCACAAUGAAGGAACUGUUGCAACGAACCCUGAACUAUGGACCACUACGGGACCUGGAUGUGCACCCCGUGUUCAAGGAGCUGCUGGUUGAGACGAGCGCCCAGCCCAAGCAGUUCAGGACGGUCGCACGCAUAUAUGGCAAGGAAAAGCUGAGGAUGCGAGCUAACUUCAUGAAUCAGGUCAGUCAGUUCUACGGCUCGCGACCCAAGGCCCUGACUGGAAAGACAGCCGUGGACAUCCGGAGCAUCAACCAGUGGGUGAGGACGCAGACAGACAGACACAUCACCGAGGCCAUCAGCACCAUUCCACACAACCACAGCCUGUUGCUGCUCAGCGCCGCUUACUUCAACGGGAAGCUGGUGACGAGGUUUAGGUCAGACAACACACAUCUGCAGACGUUCCGGACGGGAUUCUUGCAGGAGGUGGCCAUUUCAAUGAUGACCAGUCCACACUACCCGAUGCGUUACGGCUUCGAUUCGGAGUUGGGCUGCAAGAUUGGCCUCUUCCCGUACCAGGGUGACGUCAGCCUGUUGGUCUUCCUGCCCAGCGGCCCCAUGUACAACAUGACCGGUAUCGAGGACAGCCUGACCCCUGUAUUUGUCCAUGACCUGGUCAGCCAGCUGCAGUCGGUCUGGGCCAGUGUCUCCCUCCCCAAGCUCAACAUUAACACCAAACUUGAGCUGAAGAAUGUUCUGGCAGACAUGAAUCUGAGUCCCCUCUACAGCUCGUCGGUGCUGAAGAAACUCUCCCUGACCCCCGUCUCCGUCUCCAGCAUCACCCACACCGCCUCCAUGUCGCUGGAUGAGAAGGGGGCGCAGGACGCUGACCUCAGGAACCCUACCGGCCCUCAGCUCGACCUGGAGUUCCACGUCAACCAACCCUUCAUCCUGGUCGUGUACGACAACGCUUCCGGCUCUCUGCUCCACAUCGGGAGGGUCAUCGACCCCAGGAAUCUGGGGACAAGCCAGCACGGAGGACCGGCAUAG